UCAACUUACGGUCACACUAAUACAUAAGAACGCGGAAAACAUUCAAUUUUUUCGAAAGACAAGCGUCGAAUUAUCCAAUUAACUAGUGCGCCCAUAAUAGAGCAAGCUUUGUUGCGUUGGCAUUGAAUGUCCAAAAACGAUUAAGAGCAAUUUGCAGUAUGAGAUGGACCUGCAACAGUUCCUUUCCUUGGAGCGCCAGCAACUGCAAAAGGACCGCCAACGACUGGCUAACCAAAAUCAAUGCCCCGCCGCCUUGCUUGUGAAAUCCUCCGAUUUUAAAGUGCAAUGUCGCAGGGCCAAGGAGUUUAGAGAUUCCAUUGAGGCAACGGAGUCCAAUGAACCCACUACACAAUCGUCUUCCUUGGCAACCGGCGGCCAAAACGAAGAACUCCACUUGGACUUGCAACAGGGCGAGGAGGUGGUAGGUGAAGAACCUCCCACCGAGAAGGAGACGGUGCCCCCCAACACCUCGAAAUCGACCAAGGAGUUCGCGAAUCAACGCCAACUGCUCGUCGGCAGCGCUCGCCAGUACAAAUCGCCAGAUGCCUCGUUGCGGCGCAAUUUGGAGAACGAGCGACCGCUCAGUGAAAACCGCUUGCCAAUCCGUCGGUCGGAUGAUAUGGAGCAAUGGGUUACGGACACAUUUUAUUCGUACUUUCCCGGCUUUAACAAUGAAAAUCAGAAGCGGCAAAAUUAUUUGCGUGAGCGACAGCGCGAGAACCAGCAGAACUUUCUCAAGCACCAGAUGCUCCAUCCGCCGGUCUCGAAGCAUCUGCGACCGGGACAAGUGAGGAAGGCAUCCCAACCCGCUGCGGCUCCGGCUCAGAACCGCUCCAGCCAAUCUAGCACUAGCACCUCGAACCACAGCACAACGGAUAAGACUGACUUAGAGUUAAUUGUAAAUAGCAAUCCCAACUAUGUGCCGCCCAAAAUACGGCCCGGCACGACGCGUCAAAAACUCCUCCAGGAUCUGGGACAUGUGGAGCUCUCGAACAUUGUAACAGGGGAUGGCAUCAUGGAGCGGAAUCUCCGGAGUGCCGAGCUGGAGACAGCUCGCAAAAAGGACUACCAGCGGGAUUUAAUGCAGCAAAUUGACGAGAAGCGUCGCUCCAUUGAACUACUGAGAGAAAAGGAACGUCGUCAGGAGGAGGCGUUGACCAGACGACUGGAGGCGCAAUUAAAGACAAUACAAUUGGAAGAGCAGUUGGAGAAGGAACGUGUUCGUGCUGAAAGGGCUCGCAUCGACUCGGAACAGAACCGCUUGAUGCGGGAACAGUUGUUGGCCAAGCUGGAACAGGAUGCCCAGUUGCUGCACGCAAAGGAAUCUAAUAAUCUAGCUGAAACGCCAAGGACCACACGCAUUCGAGGCAAGAACAAUAACGCCAGUAAUAUCAGCUUAGAAGGAAACGCCAACCGCGUGUACAAAUACUUCAGUAACUCGGCGCAUCACGAGUACAGACGUGGUCAACCGUUGCCGCCAGCCGUUGAGCUGGACUUUGAGGUGCCACAAAUGGCCAAGAUCGAGCGAGAGUGCUUCCAUCUUUGCGACAAAAUAUGUCCGCUCUGCGAUGAGCCACUGAAGAGCUACGAAAGCUGCUGUCUGCGAUGCCAGCGGAAAUUGGCGCUAAAAAUUAAGCAAAAGCAGCAGCCAAAACGAGAUGGAGAAAACGGAGAAAAACCAAGCGAAGACUCUGAGGAGGGCAAACACGAGGAAGAACAGGAACGGAAUGAUGAUCGUGAUGAGGAAUCUAACCACAACUGCCAGAGCAGCUACGCUUUAGUGUGCCAUAAGUGCGAGCGCCUCUAUGCCAUGUGCAGCCAGUGUUUGGCCAAAAGCGAUGUCUGCCGGGCGUGUCAGCGAGAGCGAAAUGUCUGCAUGAACUGUCGCCGCAAUUUGUGUUCUUUUUGCCUGGAGGAGGUUGCCUGCGGCAGGGACACGGAACGUACGCAUGUAAAUGACAAGGAAACCAUCAGGGAACCGCCUUCCAGCAACGCGUUUCAAGUUCUGGAACUGAACUAUUCUGUACCGCCAGCAAAGGAAUCAACGGCCAUUAAUGCAGCAGACAUAUCGCCUCCGUACUCCGUUAACAUAGCUAGAAAUUCUGUGUUCCAUGCCGACUACAAACCAACGCCGGUGAAGCCGUCCAUUCUCGAACAACUGCCGACGACCUCGGGUAGUGCCAACACCAGUUUCGAGCUGGACAGCGCCGACGAGCAGGCUGUGGAGCGGGUGCGACGUCAAACGGAUCAGCGGCUGUCGCGGUACCUCAAGAACUACGGGGAUUUGGCCACCAAACAGCAGCAGAAAUUGCAGCAACAGGAGUUGCAGCGCAGCAAGAGCGAAUCUCGUCAUCGGGGCACGCAGACAAUGCCACAAUCGUUGGGCAGACGGGAUGUGGUUCUACGAGAGUCCGCUGGUCAGAAUCUGUCCAUGCCUUUGUUGCGCGAAAUGCCCAAAAUGACGCGACAGGAGACUGGAGCACCCUUGGCUGAAAAUGGGCAGCGCAAGAUUGAUAAUCUUAAGAAGCGUUGGGAGGUGCCUGCCGUGCAAAAGUUCACCGUUUCAACGUCAUCGCCUAAAAUCCUAACCCAAGUGGGAGCCAUAAGAAAACAGUUACAGGCUGCGCGAUUCUUUGAUGAUGAAGUUGAUCCGGAUGAUUACUAGGGUCAAGCCAACCAUCUUUUUUUUUUCAUAACAAAACUGAUUGUGUUGACGCCCUUAUUAUCCGAGCAAAACGAAUUUAAUUCUGUUUGAUGUCUUCACAUUUUUAAACUUUUGCCAUUAUUAUUUCACUUUUCUUCAUUUUGUAAACAACUCAUGUAGUAAUAGCUUUAUAGUAAGCUGAUUCCAAGUGCUUCGGCUGUUUCAUUCAGCAACUUUAAUAUGUAAGCCAUAAAGUUUGUUAACGUUUAUUGUUCUUUUUUUACGAAAAAUUAUUAACUGCAAAAGUGUUGAUUAAAAGGAUACAAUUAAAAACAAACUUUCCUUAACAAA